GGCGCUGAGGGCCAGAGAGCCUGCUCGGCCAGCUGGAGCAGUCCUGCUAGAGGCUGCCACCAGAGGUGCCCGCCCCCAUGCACCCUGGCUGGACACCUAGUCAGUACUGGAUACCCAGGAUCCAGCUGUCCUCCAGACCUGGAGCUACAAGCCCAUUUGGAGAGGGGGCAGGAGGGCAACUGGUCCUAGGGCUGUGCCCCACCAGGGCAGAUCACGCGGAGCCUUUGCAAGGACCUGUCCCAACCAGAACAGCGCCGGGAUCAGCUGGGCCAUGAGGGACAGCACGUGGGGCCACCCCUGCCCGCCCCAGUGCUUGCCCCAGUCCUUGCCCCACCUCAGGCCGCGAGCCCAGCCUCUUCCAUACGCCCUUGCCACCCUCCCAGCCAGGCCCUGAGCAAGUGUGAGCGGAGCCUCUGCGUGGGCGGGGCCUAGCUCGGGUGAAACCUGCCCGGCUUGCCCGCCCAGGGAGUGUCCGCCACGCGCUGCGCUGCAAGAGCUGGAGCCCGACCCUGAGCCCGGGACUCACUGCCCAUCCCAUGGCCGGACCUCCCCGCCGCGCUGCGGGCGGGCGCCUGCAGCUGCCGCUGCUGUGCCUCCUCCUCCAGGGCGCCACUGCCAUCCUCUUUGCCGUCUUUGUCCGUUACAACCACGAAACCGACGCUGCCCUCUGGCACUGGGGCAACCACAGUAACGCCGACAAUGAAUUUUACUUUCGUUACCCAAGCUUCCAGGACGUGCACGCCAUGGUCUUCGUGGGCUUCGGCUUCCUCAUGGCCUUCCUGCAGCGCUACGGCUUCAGCAGCGUGGGGUUCACGUUCCUCCUGGCCGCCUUCGCCCUGCAGUGGUCCACGCUGGUCCAGGGCUUCUUCCACUCCUUCCACGGUGGCCACAUCUAUGUUGGCGUGGAGAGCAUGAUCAACGCCGACUUCUGCGCCGGCGCCGUGCUCAUCUCCUUCGGCGCCGUCCUGGGCAAGACCGGGCCGGCCCAGCUGCUCCUCAUGGUCCUGCUGGAGGUGGUGCUGUUUGGCACCAACGAGUUUGUGCUCCUCAGUAUCCUGGGGGUGAGAGACGCGGGAGGCUCCAUGACGAUCCACACGUUUGGGGCCUACUUCGGGCUGGUCCUCUCGCGGGUGCUCUAUAGGCCCCGGCUGGAGAAGAGCAAGCACCGCCAGAGCUCCGUCUACCACUCGGACCUCUUUGCCAUGAUCGGGACCAUCUUCCUGUGGAUCUUCUGGCCUAGCUUCAACUCUGCACCCACAUCACUGGGGGACGGGCAGCACCGGACGGUCCUCAACACGUACUACUCCCUGACUGCCAGCACCCUCGGCACCUUCGCCUUGUCGGCCCUCGUUGGGGGGGACGGGCGCCUCGAUAUGGUUCACAUCCAGAAUGCAGCACUGGCCGGAGGGGUCGUGGUGGGGACAUCCAGUGAAAUGAUGCUGACCCCCUUCGGGGCCCUGGCAGCUGGCUUCUUGGCGGGGACUGUCUCCACGCUGGGGUACAAGUUCUUCACGCCUGUCCUUGAGUCCAAGUUCAAAGUUCAAGACACAUGUGGAGUCCACAACCUGCAUGGGAUGCCAGGGGUGCUGGGGGCCCUCCUGGGGGUCCUUGUGGCGGCGCUGGCCACCCAUGAAGCCUACGGAUCUGGCCUGGAGAGUGUGUUUCCACUCUUAGCCGGCGGCCAGCGCAGUGCCACGUCCCAGGCCAUGUACCAGCUCUUCGGGCUGUGUGUCACACUGAUGUUUGCCUCUGUGGGCGGUGGCUUUGGAGGGCUCCUGCUCAGGCUGCCUUUCCUGGACUCCCCACCAGACUCCCAGUGCUACGAGGACGAGAUUUACUGGGAGGUGCCUGGGGAGCAUGAGGACAGAGCCCUGGAGCCCCUGAGAGCACAAGAACCAGACACUCAGGCCUGACCCUUUUAGAAGACCAUGACUGGCUACUAUCGGUAGUUCUGCUUCUCUGGCUCCUGUCCCUCCUGCUGCAAGAAGGGAGUUGGACUUCAACAGGAGGGUUCAGGGCUGGACCAGGCUAUGGGGCAGGGGAGGGAGAGGACCUUACCAGCUGCCCCACCCUACUGCCCUGCGGCUGCUGCGCUGUGUGUGUGGGUGGCAAGGACAAGCGCCUAGGGAUUGCUGAGCCCCUGACCCGGUGUCCCACUGUUAUGGUGAAACCUGAGCCAGGUGGCUCUCUGGGGCCAUAAACACUCCCAUUAUCAAGGA